AUGGCUGCCGAGGUAGUUGACGUAGAGGAGGAAGUGGCCAUUGACCCCUGCACGGCCCUACGGCUGGUGGCUGCGGCCGCCUGGCACACCGUCCGGGAGCACCGGAUCCAGGACUUCUCCCGUGUGCUGACGCUGCUGGAGGCCGUGGAGGACGCGUCCCCGGACUUGGUCCACUACCGGCACCUGGCCAAGUUGCGCUUGGGCCUCCAGGCUGAGGUGAUAAUGAACAUGCUGAGGGAAGAAGAGGCAGAUGGAAAAAUCUACGGUGCUAUCGAUACGUACUUUCCGGAGCAAGAGCCUCCACCCCACCCCAAAGCCACUGCUCAUGAUUUGAAAUUGGUGAUGGUGGCCCGGGAGAACUUCCGGGAUCUGGUGCUGGGGUUGCUGAGCGACCAAAGGGAACGGGAGACUUAUGUGCAGAAGCACCUGGAAAAUGAUUAUGGGAAAACCUUCCAAAGUGUAGUAGAAGAGCUCUUCUAUGAUUACCUGUGGCAACUGGAGAGCGCUCUGCCAAAGCCUAAUUUCCAGCAGUUGUUAAAGGCUGCUCACACGCAGGAUCCCAACCAGUCUUCUCCCGAUCCCAGCAUCCUCUCCAGAUACCUCACAGACAUGGGGUACCAGUCCACAGAUUCCCCUGCGCCUCCCAGCUCUCCCGGCCCAUCCAGGCCCUUGUGCCAGAGUGAGGACGAUCAGCAGCAGCCGGGGAAAUCCCAGGCCGGCAAGCAACCGCUGAACCCAUGCAGGAGCUGGAGAAAGAGGAGUGGCCUGCCCUGCGUUCCGGAACAGAAUUCCCAAGGGUACCACGCAGGCCUCCCAUUGCCAGGCAAUCAGCAAGCAGGUGAACUCGACGACAUCGUGGUCGAUUCGAGUGGCGAAGGGGAGGAAAACUCUCCUUUCAAGAAGGGCGAGUAUCAGAGCACCCACCACAACACCCUCAUCCCCACCUUCCAUGACCACCUGGCCGACACCCGGAGCCGAUGCGAUGAUUUAUCAGAUGCGGAAACGUCUGCCAAGACCUGA